UAAUCAAUAGAUCGAUAGGUGAAUUUGAUUAUUUUCACGCUUUUAAAAGGAAAGAAUAUCAAAAUCGCUUUUUAUGCUUUACAUGGAUAGCAAUGCCUUCGAUUAUAAAUUUUUGCUUGUAAAUUUUGGGUUGCGGUCAAGAAAUAACUGCUCAUCUACGUGGGGUAUACGUUCCGAAAAAUUAAACUUUUAUAUUUAAUAACAGCUCUGUUUGCAUUUAACUUAUUAACUGUGUGUUUUCUCGUUGUCUUUUUGCGCAUGCGCUGCAACAAAAACACUAUAUCUCUAUAUCUUGAUUUUAUCAUUCUCAAUCUCCUUUUUUAUGGGGAGAAUAAAAAAUAUGCUGGACUACGUAAGCUGUAAAACGAAACGCAUCAAUAGUAGUGUGGCAAGAGAACAAUAUCGGAAACGAUGAAGUUUGCUGCGGUUGUUUAUGGUGUUUUCCUUUCAUUGGAAGUUUUUUUCAGCUUAAAGAUAACGGCACAGCCAUGUGCAUCACCAUGGCAACAUAGCAAUAUGACAAACAAAUGCUAUCUUGUAAACAAUGACAAAGUGAAGCUGUUCCACGAAGCACAAAAUAAUUGCUCCAAGCUUGGGGGUCAGUUGUUUGUGGAGCCUGAUAAAGAGAAAUGGAAAUCUCUUUUCUCGGAGAUCAGUGGAUGGAGUGUUGACAGCAAGUAUUACGUCGGAAUAAAGAAAAAUGAAGAUUUUGUUUGGCAAUGGUUGGAUAAAACACCUGCCAGUAUCGAUGGUUCAGGGCCUUGCGCCUAUAUUAAUUUUUCAUUAUAUUCCAUUAAUACUGUCAGUGGCAGUGAAACUUGCAAUAUGGGAUACAUUUGCCAAAAAGAACCUGAAGUACCGUCGUCGUCUGAAAUAUAUACGGCAACAACAAGUAACAUUACAACAAGUUUGGCCAACGCGGCAACAACGGCAGCAGCGGCACUUAGAAUAGCGGCAACAACACCAACACCAAUAACAACAACAGCAACUAUAGCGACAACAGAAAGAACAACAUCAACAACAGCAAUUUGGACAGCAACAACAACGACCGCACCACCAGCCACAUAUGAUACAAGCAUUAUAACAAGUGCGACCACAACGUCGACUAGCACGAGAAAAUCUACAGCAGUAACAAGAACACCAGCAAUAACGAAAAUAAUUACAGUAACAACAACAAAGACAGUGACCAAGACGAUAAUGGUUACAAAUACCAUAGCAACCGCAACAACAUCAACAUUUUCACUACCGAAGAUCAACAAUCUUAUACAAGACUUGAUUCAGCAACCGAAAAAUGUUUCAUUCGAGGAGGCCGUGGUAGUUGUUGACAACAUCACAAGUCUCUUAAACGAACCUCAAAUUGACUCAAGGCUGGCCAUCAGCACUUUGAUGAAUGCUUCUAGAGCCUUCGAGAAGUUCGCGGCUGAGUAUGGCGCUAAACACCUGAAUGAGACGAGCCCAAGAAUUUACAAAGUUUCCUCUGGAAUAAGUAUUUGACUGAUUUAUUAUUGCUUUUUUUAAAUAUGUUUUUCGUAGUCGUCGUCGUUGUUUCGUUUUAUGGUGCUGCUUCUUAAAGCCGCAUUGUCACCAGUUAACUUCCGGAGUUCCGACGGAAACCUCAACCGUUAAAGACAAAAGAAUCUAUUAGAAUCCGAGAUAUUUAACAGGCCAUCCGCUCUAAAUUAUCAGUCAUAUCUUUACAGAAACUUCCAAUAGACACACUGCUUUCACAAUUGGUUGGUCCGGCGACAACUGUUAUACUGCUAUACUGACAAUUAUACUGAGUGUUUAGAAUUGAAAGGCGCGCGGGUUCCCUGUGGACCUAACCCAUAAUGCCCGGGGCGCGCGAAGUUAGUAAAGGUUCUUUGGAGAAGACAUGUUUUGUUGACGCUUUGUUCGGUGUUUUGUGUUGUUGAAAUAAAGAUCGUAUUUUUACCCGUGUGGAGGGAACAACAAUUUUGAAAUAUUUUUCGCGUUUUCCGUUCAAAAUCAUCGGAGAUUGUUACGUAAUCGACCGGAAGUAAAACUAGUGAAAAUACGGCUUUAUUAACUGAUGGGUGGUGAUGAUUUUACUCAUAUUGUUUGGAAUUGUUGAUACUUCUAUUUGGCUUAGCGAUGUCAAAUAACUUUAGCGAUUCUCCAAAGUUGAAUAUUUGACAAAAAAAGGAGUUCUUGCGCGAUAUAGGAGCGGAAGUUUUAUAAUUAUUUUCGAAAUUACAUCCUCCUUUUUCCAGAUGUGCUAUUGCAGAAGGUUUUUAAACCGAAGCAUGCGAGGGAUUUCGAGUUCAAUUACACAAACACCAUCAACGAGCUGACGAUCCAAGCUAACAUUCCCUGGCAGAACAUCGAC